AAAAAAUAGCUGAAGGAGGGUUUGGUAUUAUUUAUAAAGCAAUUUGGUUAGAUGCUAGCUCUCGAUAUGAUGAUUUUUUAAGCAUUAGAGAAAAAGAUAAAACCGUGGCUAUAAAAAGGUUUUUAAACUCAAAAGAUAUGGACAAAUAUUUUCUAGAUGAGGUAUUAUUUAUUCCUUUACUUCGAUAAUAUUACGCAUUUUGAUUGAUCUAACUAUAAAGGUUUCUUUAGCUAAAAUCACUUUACCAGUGCUAUAAUAAAUUUGACCAUAUAAUUAGAUAUUAUGGUAUUACAAGAGAUCUUAAAACGAAUGAUUAUAUGUUAAUAAUGAAAUAUGCGUACGGUGGUAAUUUACAUGAUUACUUAAAAAAAAAUUUUAAGGAUGUUACUUGGAAUAAUAAGCUUUAUAUAUUAUGGCAAAUUUCAGCUGGACUUCAUACUAUUCAUGAGGUAAAUUUUAUACAUCGAGAUUUUCACAGUGGAAAUAUAUUGUUAGAAACUGAAUCAUCUGGAAAGUGGAAAAUUGGUGAUUUAGGAUUAUCACAACCUGCCAAUAGUACUUCAUUAAAUAAUGAAAUAUACGGAGUAAUACCCUAUAUCGCACCAGAAAUAUUUCAGGGUAAAGCAUUUUCAAAGAAUUCUGAUAUAUAUAGUAUGGGUAUGAUUAUGUGGGAACUUACGACGGGUUGCAAACCUUUUGAUAAUAUUGAACAUAAUACGGAACUUAUCUAUAGAAUUAUUGAUGGAAAAAAGCCUAAAAUUACAGAUGAUACUCCUGAUUGUUAUGCUAAUUUAAUGAGUAAAUGUUGGAAUUCUGAUCCUUCAAAAAGACCUUCUGCAAAAGAAAUACUUGACAUUACUUAUGCGUGGACAUUUUUACAAAAGGAUUGUGAAAAGUUCAAUCAAGCUGAAAUAAAAAGAUUAAAAUCAAUAGAACUAAAGGAGCUCGGUCCUGAUUUUAUCGAGAAAACUCAUUCACAAGCAUUUUAUACAAGUAGAUCAUUGAACUCCUUUAUUUCAUUUAAUAGCUCAUCUUUGAUAAGUACACCAGUGACAUAAAAUGAGUACCUCCUUUUCGUAAAUAUAUCAUAACCAACGCAUCUUAAUUGAAGUGGUUUUUUAUAUGGUCGACGAAUCAUGAAUUAAAAUAAUUAGUAUCCAAAUAUGUCAAUCGGACCAAACCGGACUGUGCUAUGUUUAUAAUGCAGUUGGGCGUUAUUUAAGUAAAAUAUUCUAUCGGCGUUUUCCUUUCUGGAUACUCUCAUAAAUAUUAACGCCACAUUCCGUUAUCAAUCACCAAACAUUAUAUGACAUCUUGUUAAGGUUCCUAGUAUUUAAAUGCAACUAAAAAUUUUUCUAAGUUUUUUAAUGGUUAUAUUAUAUUUUACAAAUUAAAAGAACUCAAAAAUCAUAAUUUUAAUUUAUUAAGAACGGUUGGUUCUAUUGUUAGGUAAGGACGUUAAU